ACAGGCACACUGCCCUCAAGCGGAAGUAAGAUUGUCGAUUGAAAAGCUGCAAACAAUAUUUGCAUUAGCCGUUUUUUUAAGAACCACAUUAGCCUCAUGUCAUAUGUAAAUGAAAAACGGGCAAUUAUUAUAUCGUUAUUUUCUCCAAUUUGACAGAAUUUUGCGGUUACCAAGGCAACAUACGGUAGAAAUAGCUGUUGAGGCCACCGAUCAAUGGUCGAGGCACAUUUUUGAAAAUAACAUGAGCUUUUCACAGACCCUGUACGCCUUCCAUGUGGUCACAACUUCUGUGAAACCUGCAUCCAUGUGGUCUGGAACAUGGAUGACCCCAAAACUUCAGGAGAAGGGCCACUGUUCUGCCCGGAGUGUCAGAUCCUCCUUCCUUCUAACCUUAAGCUUGAAAUCAACUCAGAUCUUCAAAGGAAAGUUCAGGAUGUCAUUGCAAGAGCAUCUUCGUUGGAAGGAUCUUCUCAUAAAUCACCCUCCGUUAUCAUGUGUGAUCAGUGCAUUGGGAAGACUGAGGUGGCUGUGAAGAGCUGCCUCUCCUGCGACGCCUCCCUGUGCUCUGCUCACACUCUCCUGCAUCAGCAGAGAGAGGCUUUAAGAGGGCACUCUCUCAUUGAAGUAACAGAGGACUUGAUUUCCUUCAAGUGUAAGGAGCAUGGGGAGGAGCUGAAACUAUUCUGUCAGGAGGACCAGACUACUGUGUGUUGUCUGUGCAUUGCAGUUGGGUCACACAAAAACCACCAAGCUGUUACGCUGCAAGAGGCAUGCUCAGAAUUUAAGAAGGUGCUGGAGACCAACAAAUCACUUCUUCUACAGAGGAAACAUUUAGCUGAGUCUGCUAUGCAAGAUCUGAAACCAUUAUUUUCGGAGGUGUCGAAAAACGCAGAAGCAUACAGACUCAGAAUAGUUGAGAAAUACAACCAGAUAAAAGCCCAGAUUGAGGAGGAUCAGAAGCUGAUGCUGGCCAUUCUGGAAACAGAAGAAUUUUACUACAACAAGUGGCUGAGAUGGAAAAAUGAGUCACUGGAGUGUCAUGUUAAAGAUAUUAAUGCUGCCCUAAGAUCAGCCCAAUCUCUCCUCGAGGAAGAAAAUGACAUCAUAUUUCUCCAGCAUCUCAAAAAACAUAGACUUGGGUCCCAGGUGGAUUUGCCACUUGUGUCUGUGAUGGAGCAAGAGUACAGCACCACAGACAAGAUGAAGACAGUCGAGCAGCUGGUUGAUAACUUAAAUGAAGUUGUCUUGCAGAACACUCAGCGGCUGUGGUCUAGUCUCAGAGCAGUAAAUUUAGACCCAGAGACAGCACACCCCGAGUUAGAGGUCUCGGCUGACAAACUGGAGGUACACUGGAGUAAGAAACCAACCGCAGAAAGGAAACAGAAAACAAACAUCGGCUCUCAGUACAGCGUCCAGGUCAAGGAGAGAUUCUCCAGUGGCUCUCACUACUGGGAGGUGGCCGUCUGGAAGAAACCCUAUUGGUUGAUUGGCCUGUCAUAUGGGUCAGCUACUAGAGGUCAGGAUUCUGAGCAUCGCAACAGUGACUUUAACGAUAUGUCCAUAAAACCUGACUUUGACCAGCCUUAGAUGAAAGAAAACUCUUCUUGACAAAGUUGUAGUCCACCUUAAGCUGAGAUGGGCCUCCUGCCAGUGCUCUGAUAAUGUGAUACAGGCACUCCCUAAAGACACGGGAACAAGGACAGUAUACUGACUACUUUGUCUGCUGUAGGAGUUUUUCUAAUUACAGCGGAGCUGUCCACUUCAGCACCUCACAUGCACAAUGCCACAUCUGCAACUCACAUCAGGUAUGUGAACUUGCUUGUCCCUCUAUUUUUGUUUCUUAUAAAUAAAGAACAAAGUAUAACAGGCGGCCUUCAAAUGGUGUUGUUAUCGGAUUAACUCUAGACUACCAACACUUUCCCGUUACGGUUAGUGUAAACCUUUACUUUUAGUUUUACUUUUAGCAGAAAAUCCAUGUAUUUAUAUUAUAAAUCUAUAUUUGAACUCAUGUGCUUUAAUUUUUUAUCUUAGAUCUGGUGUAUACCCGAGACAUCCAUUGUAGUUAUCAGUCACCUUAGAAGCUAAAGUCUAAGAGCAGUCAGUCUGAGUAAAGUGUUCUUUCCAAAGCUCUCAAAUAACAUAUAGAUAAUGCAGGACAGCUCUACCCAGUGCCCAAAACGUAUGAGUUCAGUCGAAUUAUACAACAUUUUUAUAGCACACUUAUGUCUUAUGCCUAAACCUUUUGCUCUUAAAGCUACUUUCACAUUAUGUAAUUCCCUUUUUGGUUAGAUAUAUAUAGAUAUGGAUAGCUUGCACAUUACAUGGACAUCAGUUGUUGUUGUUGGUUUUGUUUUUGUUGUUGUUGUUUCAACAUGAAAAUCUAAAUUGUAUAUACAGUGCAGUGGGAAGUUCUGGGAACCAAAAGUCCUCAUUGAAAUAAGUCUAAUUUAAUCCUGCAAAGUUUAAAUAACAAAGUUUCUCAAAAUUGUUGUGCUAAUAAUAUCAUUUGUAAUAAAUAAAAAAUGCACAAAAUAUGCAUUUUACUUGUGGCCUCAGACUUAUGAAACCCAGGCUUUGUAUAUAUGAUUGCAAAUAUUUUUUUUAAUUUACUUAUAGUAUAGAAUUUUAGCAUACAAAUAAUCCAUAUAGCCAAAAUUAGUAUGAGGUCAUAAAACAAUAUUUUAACGUUUUAAAAAAAAAAAGAUUAAAUUAUUUUAGAUGAAUUAUUGCAUGUCACAAUGCAAGAUACUGUUGUCACAUGUUAACUACUAUACUAUAUUAUACUAUAGUGAAGGGAGAGAGUGACCCAUGGCUUUGACUCUUGAAGUUUUGCUGAUUUAUGUAGCACAGUUCUCUUGAGGCAGCAAGCGUAGUGCUGUUAGCCCAUAUACUGUGCUGAAUGCAUAAAAUAUUUGAGUCACUCAAAAAAAAAAAAAAA